CUAUAGCUCUGCUCAGAGGUUUCUUGGUUUAGUCGGAGCUGUGCACCAUUGAUCAGGGUCUCCAAACGGUGACAGGGACUCGACUCUCAUCCGCCGGGAUGAUAUCGGAGGGGGCUCUUAUUUCCAGAUGAUGUGGGAUUUAUCCUUGCUGGAGCAGUAGGCCCUUUGGAGAAUCUGUCUUCAGCGGCUGCUGUCUGGAUCUAGCCGUGGUUAGGACGCUGUCCCGCAUCACUGCAUCAGCCUCCUCUGGCACAUGAUGGACUCGUGGUAACAGCGACACCUUGUCGCAAGCACAUUUUCUGGCAGUUGCCUUGCAGCCAAGUGCCCCCCGCUCACCAAGACGCUAGCUAUCGGUUAAAUGGUGUCUGAUGAUGUAACAAUGAGGGGCCUUGGGAACGUGUGAGCAACCUGAGAUUAAGGGCUGACGACUGGGCUGAUCUGGGGGCAGAGCCCAAGGGGGAACCAAUCAGUAUGCAGUCGGAUGACCUGUUCAAUAAGAAGCUCAGGGCCCUGAAUGGGAACAUGGGACCUCCGACCCCCAAUGCGCAGGGGGCACCGGCGAUGCCUAAAAUGGGCGUCCGGGCAAGAGUGUCAGAGUGGCCCCCGAGGAAGGAGGGCUGGGAGGGCCGUCCUGCGGCCAACUACGAGAGCUUGGUGAUAGACUUUCAGAAUGGGCAGUCAAGUCCUGGGUUGGAUGUGGACGAGCAAGGUAGGGCCAUCCUCUUAGACCCUGCCUUUGCUGAGUCCAAGUACACCCUCGGGGAUAUUCUGAGCCACUCUCAGCACAAAGGGCUUCAUCCCAUCCGGCAGAGAAGCAACAGCGACGUGACCAUCAGUGAUAUCGAUGCAGAGGACGUGGUGGCUCAGAGCGCCGUCAAUCCCAACACUGGGGCCUCUCUGCACCGUGAGUACGGCAGCACCUCGUCCCUUGACCGUUCGGGCUUGUCUGGCGAUAGCUUCCUAGGUGCAAUGAAGGGCUACCGGCCAGAGACCCUAGAUCCUCGGAUAGCCCCACCUAUGGGGUUUCCCGAGUUGCUGCACUACGAUACUACCGUGACCUCCCUCUCACCAAGCCUGCAGACGGCGGCACAGAUCGCCCGUGGCGAGAUCGUGCAUCUCCCAGGUUUCGACUGCAUGGAUGGUGCCCUCCUGUAUAGCCGCGACCGGGACCGGACAUUCAUGCAGCGGCUUCGGGCGGACAGCUCAGAAACGUCGCUAUUCCGGAAGCUGCGGCCCAUCCGCAGUGAGCACGACGUGCUCCGGCUCUCCACAGAGCAGGAUGACGGCAGUCGCUACAGCCGACCCCUCAGCUUCCAGAAGUGCUUUGCCCACUAUGAUGUACAGAGCAUCCUGUUCAACAUCAGCGAGGCGGCUGCCAACCGCGCCAACAUGGCCAAGAGAAAGAACACCACGACAGGGGCAUCUGCCGCUUCGCAGUACCAGGUGUCUGGUGGCAUGCAGCUUUGCGAGUCCCCACUGGGCAGCCGGGAGGACCUCAACUCCAAGGAGAGCCCGGAUACUGACGAGGGCGACGGGAAGAGCAAUGGCCUCGUCCUCAGUUGUCCGUACUUUCGCAACGAAAUCGGUGGCGAGGGUGAACGGAGGAUCUCCCUCUCCAGAGCUAACUCAUCCCCCUAUGGUGCUGGGGAAAGCUGUUCCUUUGAGUCAUCCCUCAGCUCCCAUUGCACGAAUGCGGGGGUGUCCGUGCUUGAGGUGCCCAAGGAGAGCCAGCCCAUCCACCGUGAGAAGGUCAAGCGCUACAUCAUUGAGCACAUCGACCUCGGUGCCUACUAUUACCAUAAGUUCUUCUACGGCAAAGAGCACCAGAGCUACUUUGGCGUGGAUGAGAACCUGGGCCCUGUAGCAGUCAGCAUCCGCAGGGAGAAGCUGGAGGAUGGGAAGGAGAAAGAGGGCUCUCAGUAUACCUACCGCAUCACCUUCAGGACCAGCGAGCUGACCGCUCUGAGGGGGGCCAUCCUGGAAGAUGCCGUGCCGUCCACGGCGAAGCACGGCACGGCCCGGGGACUGCCGCUCAAGGAGGUGCUGGAGUAUGUGGUUCCUGAGCUCAACAUCCAGUGCCUGCGGCUGGCCCUCAGUUCACCCAAGGUGCCUGAGCAGCUGCUGAAGCUGGACGAGCAGGGGCUGAGCUUCCAGCACAAAGUGGGCAUCUUGUACUGCAAGGCCGGCCAGAGCACCGAGGAGGAGAUGUACAACAACGAGAGCGCCGGGCCCAGCUUCGACGAGUUCCUGGACCUGCUUGGGCAGAGGGUGCGGCUGAAGGGCUUCACCAAGUACAGAGCACAGCUGGACAAUAAGACGGACUCCACUGGGACGCACUCCCUGUACACCACCUACAAAGACUACGAGCUGAUGUUUCACGUGUCCACGAUGCUCCCCUACACCCCCAACAACAGGCAGCAGCUCUUGCGGAAACGGCACAUAGGCAACGACAUCGUCACCGUUGUUUUCCAAGAGCCCGGCGCCCUGCCCUUCACCCCAAAAAACAUCCGCUCCCACUUCCAGCACGUGUUCGUCAUCGUCAAGGUGCACAACCCUUGUACCGAGAACGUGUGCUACAGUGUGGCCGUUUCCCGAUCAAAAGAUGUGCCCCCCUUCGGCCCACCCAUCCCUAAGGGCGUGACUUUCCCAAAGUCCGCUGUGUUCAGAGACUUCCUGCUGGCCAAGGUGAUCAACGGCGAGAACGCCGCCCACAAGUCCGAGAAAUUCCGUGCCAUGGCAACACGCACGCGCCAGGAGUACCUCAAGGACCUGGCGGAGAACUUCGCCAGCACCACCGCUGUGGACUCGGCCGUCAAGUUCAGCUUCAUCACGCUGGGCGCCAAGCGGAAGGAGCGGGUGAAGCCACGCAAGGACGCCCACCUACAAAGUGCCGGAGCCGUGACGUGGAGCGUCGUGGCACGCGACUUUGGCCAGGCCACCGACAUCGAGUGCCUGCUUGGCGUGUCCAAUGAGUUCAUCGUCCUCGUCGAGGAGGAGACCAAGGAUGUGAUCUUCAACUGCUCGUGCCGGGACGUCAUUGGCUGGACAUCAGGAGUCAUGAGCAUCAAGAUGUUCUAUGAGCGUGGGGAGUGCAUCCUGUUCUCUGCCCAGGACGGCUGCGAGGAGGAUGUCCGGGAGAUGGUCCAGAGGCUGGAGGUUGUCACCAGGGGCUGUGAGACCUCGGAGAUAACCCUGAGACGGAACAGCCUGGGCCAGCUGGGCUUCCACGUGAACUUCGAGGGUGUUGUGGCCGACGUAGAGCCUUUCGGCUACGCCUGGCAGGCGGGACUACGGCAGGGCAGUCGGCUGGUGGAGAUCUGCGGCGUGGCGGUGGCCACAUUGACACAUGAAGAAAUGAUCGACCUGCUGCGCACAUCGGUAACGGUGAAGGUGGUGAUCAUCUCGCCACAUGAAGAUGGCACGCCCAGGAGGGGCUGCUCGGAGCUAUACAGGAUCCCCAUGGUGGAGUACAAGCUGGACAGCGAAGGCACCCCCUGCGAGUACAAGACCCCGUUCCGCAGGAACACCACCUGGCACCGCGUGCCUGUGGCCGCCGGGCAGCCCCUGUCGCGUGGCUCCCCCACCCAGGGCCCCGAGAGGCCGUCCUGCCAGCCGCUCCUCCAGCAGGCCCAGGUCGGCCUGCCCCGCAGCACCUCCUUUGACAGAAAGCUGCAGGACAGCUCCAGGGCAAUGCAGGACCUGGAGAGCCCCCAGAUCUCCCUGUGCGGUAAGGGGGAUCCCAGCCAGCACUACCGGAGCUCCCCCAGCAACCAGUCGUCAUCGAGCGACCCCGGCCCGUGCGGCAGCGGCACCUGGGCCCAGCAGGCUGGAUACGAGGGCUGCCAGUCGCCUGUUCUUCACGAUGGCUCAGGAGAUGGUCUGGGGGGCCACCUAGAUGCAGAUGGGCUGCGGGACAGGGAACCCCCCCUUGAAAGGACCAGAUCAGCCGAGGCGAAGUGGCACAUCCCCUCCACCAAGAUCCUGAAUGCUUUGAAGGACAGAGGCCUACAGAAGGAGGGAAAGGAUUCUCCAAACAGGCUGCCUCGCGUUGGUGAUAAGAGCUGCCCCAGCCACUGCUCUAGCCACUCCAGCAGCAACACGCUGUCCAGCAACGCCUCCAGCAACAGCGAUGACAAGCACUUUGGCUCAGGCGACCUAAUGGACCCCGAGAUGCUGGGCCUCACCUACAUCAAGGGCGCGUCCACCGACAGCGGUAUCGACACGGCGCCCUGCAUGCCAGCCUCGGCCCUGUCCGCCAUGACGGCCAGCCGGCUGCUGCUGCCUGGCCGCGGGGAUGCAGCGCUGCAGUGGGCCGCCGAGCCCCCGGAAGAUGGGGGUCGAGAUGACGACGAGCCGACCAAGCUGUACCUGGCGCAGGGCUACGUGCCAGCAGUGGCCAGUAGCCGCAUGGCUGGAGGCAGUAUCGGUGACCUAAGCGAGAUCUCCUCCCACUCCAGCGGAUCCCACCACUCGGGCAGCCCGUCCACCCGCAGCUCCAAGCUGGGCAUCUCUCUGGACUCCUCGAAAGUCUACAUCGUCUCCCCGGGCGGCCUGCUGCCCAGCUCCACCAUGGACGUACGAGCAUAUGCUCGCCAGGCUCCGCCAAGCAAGUACCUGAUUGGCUGGAAGAAGGCAGAGGACAGCCCUCCACCCGAGGAGGCCGACAGGUUGGCAGAGUGUGGGCAGCUGUACGCAGACAUCCCCCUGCAGAUGCAAGCAGCUAUACGAGACGGCAAGCUUCCCAAGAGCAUGUCCAAGGAGGAGUUCCUCAAGAUGAUUCUGCCCGAUAGCGUCUCCGAAGAGGAUGGCCGGCGGAAGCUGUCCUCCGCCGGCACCCUGUCUCCGCGGCGCUCGCUGUACCGCACGCUGUCAGACGAGAGCGUGUGCAGUCACCGGAGGGCCUCGUCCUGCACCAGCACGCGUGGCUUUGCCCUGGACCAGGCCGCACCCAAUGACAUCCUCUUCAGCAGCACGCCGCCCUAUCGCAGCACGCUGCCCCCGCCACGCCCCGCCCUUGGCCACGCCUCCAACCUGCGGAACGAAUGCUGGUCCUCUGACGGCUCCCUGGCAGACAAGUCCAAGUUCACGGAUCCUGGGCUCAUGCCACUGCCGGACCCCAUCUCCGGCCUGGACUGGUCCCACCUGGUGGACGCUGCCCGGGCCUUCGAAGAGCUGUCCUUUGCUCUCUUUCUGGAAGGCCUCCAGCAGGACCCGGAGUGCGGUGCUCUGUACCAUCACGCAGAUGUUAUAGACCAGCGCGUGGCCUCCUUCUGCACCAUGACGGACAUGGAGCGGCCCCUGGGCCUGGAUGUCUCCCACGAGCUGAGCAGACAGCUGGUCACUUCGCAGGGCUCUAGCCUCGAGCCGGGUGAGGGGACCUUGACUGGUAAGGUGAACCAGCUGGAGCUGAUCCUAAGGCAGCUGCAGAAUGACCUGCGGAAGGAGAAGGAGGACAAGGCCAUGCUGCAGGUACAGGUGCAACACCUACGGCAGGACAACCUCCGUCUGCACGAGGAGAGCCAGACGGCAGCCGCCCAACUGAGGAAGUUUACAGAGUGGUUCUUACACUCCAUGGACAAGAAGCCGUGAGGAACACUGGACAGCCAAUGGGAGGGCUCAGGAGACCUGGGGCCUCUUCCCAUUGGUGGAAUGUAAACUGUGGACACUGCUACACAGUGGUUGUCGUUGCUUUUGUGGUAUCCAGACGGAGAAGAUAGGAAGAGGAGAGAUGAGUGCUGAUGGCAGGGGGUUGGGGGGUAUUUUUGGACUCUGCUACCUGUGGGACAGGAUGUGACGAAUGCACUGGGCUUCAGGCAGUUGGCUGUAGGUCACGCUUCCUAGCGAGAAGAACCAGAAACCAUCUUAAAAAGUGGGAGAUAAAAAAAAAAAUGAAUGUAACACGUAAAAACCAUAUUUCAGCUGGAGACGGGACACAUCACGGCCAAAGGCCAUUUCAAAGGCCAGGAAGAUCUCUGAACCUACAAGUGACGCUGUCUGCUGAUUGGUGAAUCCCUUGUUUGUGUUUGCCUUUUUUCACAAUUCGGAUAUAGGACGUAUAGGUGCUCUCUCACUGUGUAUGUGCGUGUGCGCGGGCGCGUGUGUACCGGUGUGUGUGUGUGUGUGUCAGCUGGUCCGGGUGUUCGUUUGUGCCCGUUUGUAUAAGCACCGUUUUUAAGUAGUUUGCAAAAUACCCCACUGUUACAUUGUACUAGCAAUAAAGAACUGUGCUUAAAGGUUAGAACUAAUGUAAUAUCAUUAAGACAAGGUCACAUAGACGUUUAUUUUGCAGGAGCAGAUUGUGCCUGAUAGGGAUAGUCUUUAACUUUCUUUCCUUUACCCCAUUUUUUUAAAUUCCAGCUCUCCUUUCAGACAUGCCUUGUCCCAGUUCUCUCCUCAUGGUUCUCCAGAUUGUCAUGUGUGUAUAGCGGCAAAAACUCUGUUUUUAUGCAGUCGUCCUAGAACUACAGGAUGUGAGUCAGCAAACUACUUUAACAAUGCCAAAAUUAGUUUUCAUUUGUACAGAGCCUCAGAGGAAGCGUCUUGUAAUUAACACUCUUAUUUAAGUUUAUUUAACCAGAAAUCGUUUUAUUUUAUCCAGAGUAUUUUUUUUCCUUUUUUGUUUUCCUGCACUAAAAAGUGGAAUAGCUCUAUCUCCGCUGUUGUGUCUGUUGCUUUCCAGAGAGAUUAUAUAUACAUAUAUGUGUAUAAAUGAUGGUAAAUGAUUAUUUCUGGAAAGUCCAACAUUUGGAUGCUGCUAGACUACAGUUCCUUGGUUUGUAUGCUUUUACAAAUGUUCUUAUCAGACUCAUUUAAGAUGGGAAGUACGUCAGCUUUUCUGAAAUAAACGUAGGUUACGUA